GCGAGCGAGCCUUCCCUCUCCCCACCCCCUUCUCCCGGGGGUUCCGUUAUCUUUUUGCUCGGCGAGACGUUCCGAGGCGAGACAAUGAGAGGGGGAUGGGGCGGGAACGCGAGGAGUGGGGGCGGGGGCCCGGUGGCGCGCGCCCCCGCCCCCCUCGAGUGGCGGCGCGGUCCGCGGCGGCAGCCGGCGUGGGGUGCGGCGCGCGGGCGCGUGUAUGAGUGCGUGCGCCCCGGGAGCCGCGGGAGCCGCGCGGCGGGCCGGGCCGGGGAGGCCCCUGUCUGCCUGCCGGUCGCCCCCGCCCCCCGGCGCCCGCCGCGGCGCGCGCGCGCACUCGCGCCCCACGGUCCCGCACACACCCGACGUCCACACGCACACCCGGCGCGAGGCGUCUCGGAGGAGUGGGCGGGCGCGGGUGCGGGCGGCGGCCCGCUGGGGAAGGGGCGGAGGCGCGGGCGGUGGCGAGACGGCGAGGCGCGGCGGGAGGGGCGGGCGAGGGGGCGAGGCCGCGCCGGGGAGGCCGGCGGGCCGACGUCCCCCGGGGGUGGGGGUGGUGCUCGGCCCUCCCCCGCCACCCCCGCCGGGGAACUAGUGGGGCGCUCUUUUUGAGCGCGGGGAGGAAAAUGAGUGAUUGCCUAGCCGCUCCCUUGUGUUAUGUAAUCCCGCCUAUAGUACAUCCGAAGCCUUAGUGCGCUGCAGUUAGUUUACAAAGUCUCCUCCCCUGGCUCUAAAAUUUCUUCGGGAUGGCGCCGUGAUUUAUAAAAUGGGAUGGGGCGGAAAAAGCUUAUUUUCGUAUGGUUAUAUCCUGCCGCGGUGGGCGCCAUGUUUAUCCCAGGGACUAUUUUCUCUAGAUUCUUAGCACCUUCUGAAAAGGAGGGAUAUCGUUGAUCCACCUGCUUCUUCUGCUUUCGCAAGUUGUCCUGCUUUCUCUCUCGUCAGACGCGGGAUUCCUUCAAACUGUUAAUAAUACAGGACGUUUCUCUGCUUGUCUAGGAUAUUUUCGGCUCAGAAAAAGGUAGAGCUGGAAAGAAUCUUCUAAGACAUUUAGUCCAAACUUAUUUUUCGAGAUGGAAACUGAGAUACAGGUGUCCCAUCUCGGAAUAGCCGUCAUUCUAUUGCAGACUGUGGCCCAGCCCUCUACACUCCUUUAGACACCUCCCACCUCCGCGCUAAACCCCAGAGACGUGCAAUUUUACUUUCAAAGGAAUUUUUCCAUCUAGAUGAAGGGAAACGGCGGGGGCGGAGGGCUGCUGCUUGGCAAACGACGUUGAAUUUUGAGACCCGUUGCUUUUGGCUCUGGAAUUUGGAUUCUGAGUUUGAACUACUUAGCACAAUCGGUCUUAACUUCAGGAUGCAUAAAAAGUACCUUGCAGGUCGCUAAAAGUGCUGUUUGCGGGAUACCUCAGCUACAAGCAUAUUUGGAUGGGAUGCUGAGGGGGGCGUAUCGUCUGUACUUUUUUAAUCUUCAGUCCUUCAGCUGAAACUGAUUAAGAGAGGAUAAGUUAUUUUAAAAAGAAAUGAGAAAAUUAACAUAAAGUAAAUCACCUUGGGCUUCCCUUGUGGCUCAGCUAGUAAAGAAUCCCCUGGGAUUCUUUGAAGAAGAAUUGCUGGGAAAGAUUGAAGGUGGGAGGAGAAGGGGACAACAGAGCAUGAGAUGGAUGGACGGCAUCACCGGCUCCAUGGACAUG